GACGGCCACCUCCAGUCAGUGUCAUUUUCGCGUUGCAGUCUAUCAUUUAAUGUAUUGAGCCUUCUUCCGGUCUUGUAAUUUCAGUACAGGUGCGUCAACGGUCAACAUGAGCAGAUCAAAAUUGAAGGAUUGAAAACAACAAAAUCGAGAGGGGAGGAGUCAGGUAAACGGGAACAGAACAACAAAAGCACAACUCGAAUGAGUUCAGCCGUAGGGUAUCAUAUCGCAAAGCCUGCUAAAUGGUCGACUGCCAUCCUCUCUGCUGGCUUCCCAGUGAGCCAUUCAUCAAAUCCCAUGCCCACCGAUAUUCCAUCGCGCCCGUCACUGUUCCACCCUGGUGUCGCCUUCGUUCAUCCACAAAGUUGUCGAGCGCAUUCAUUCCAAUGCUUUUCACCAGAGUGGAGGCGCGGAAGGGAAUGCAGAAUGCAACUCCAGGCUGGAAUCGGGACCCAAGGGCAUCGAACCACAAUAGCAUUAUAAGGAAAGAACAAUAAAAGAGAAUCAAGGAAGGAAA